AUGGUGUCGUAUAUGGUCAGAAUUCAACCAAUCCUACUUCAACAACCGCGCGAGCAAGCGCUGAUCGUCGACCAAGUGCCCCAUUCGAACGACACAAAGCUGGCCCUGCACGAGUGUGACUUGCGCGAUUUAAAGGCGGUGGCCAACUUUGCCCAGACAUUCAAGGACAAGAAUCGGCAGAUCGAUCUUUUCAUUGGCAACGCAGGCGUGCUGCAUCCGAGGGAUUCGUGGACCGAUCACGCCGCAGUUGAUGGGAUGAACGUGAACGUCGUCGCCCAUGCUGCGCUACUCGAGACUGAUUCCUCCUUCCUCUACGACGCUCACGGUCCGUAUCAAGCCUACGCUUUCUCGAAGUUGCUGCUUGCCGUCUAUGGCGAGAUGCAUGCGCAGUCGAUGCACAACACCCAUCCGGGCUCAACCCUCUGCGUCGUCCAUCCGGGCGUUGUGCCGAGCGCCUUGUAUCGAAAGACGAAUCCGUUAACCCGUCUCGCCAUUGGGUAUCUGCUGCCGUUGAUCGCGAGAAGCGCUGAGGAUGCGGCCAUUCUUUCCCUGCAUACGGCUUUCCGCGAAGACGUCAAAAGUGGCCUCUACUUUGAAGAUGGUCAGCCGACUUCAGUUAGACGGGACUUGGAAAAACCUACAAAGAUGGCUAUAAUGGUAAACGUGAAAAAGGGCGUGAUGAUCACGUGUGACCCGGCGAUGCAAAAGCUGCUCGUCCAUCUCGAUGAGACGCGGGCGCUCGGCAGCCAAUUCAUUGUAAAGGAGCUCGACGAGACACACCUGAUCGUCGAUAAGGACAUCGUCCCUACGAUUGAGGCCAAGAUUGACGAGCUGAUGGAGCAAAUGAACCCCGAGGCCACCGAGAAA